AUGUUGACCACGUCCUUCUUUUUGUCCGUGCUUGCGAGCACCGUGACUGCUCAGCUUUCCGACAGCAACCUGGUGAAGCAUGUCGGAAGCUUGUCACUUUCCGCGUCGUUCAACCCUAUCCAGGAGGCUUACUGGACUGGCCUGCCCCAUCAUCGCCGUACACCCUUUGCGGUCUCGCCUGAUGGCAAAUCUGCUUACCUUGCAUACCUCGAUGCCAGCAAGACGGGUGUACACAUUCAACAGGUCGACCCUACCACCUUCGCUGCUGUAGGCACGGCCGUUACUGUUGCUGCUGGAAAGGAGGCAGGUGGAUUGGUUGCGCACAACGAUGGUUUCGCGCUCCUCACCAACGAACCCAUGCCUUCUACCACGACUGGUGCGCCUCCGGCCACCUCUCCUGUCGCUGUUCUCUACCGUUACACCGCUGGUAAACAGACCUUCAAGACAUGGAUCGGUGGCCCCGACAUUGACAGCGGCAUGGGCAACUUUUUCUCACCUGACAUCAACGGUGAUCUUGCCUAUUCCGAGGCCUCUGGCAUGUACGGUGCUUACAUUGUCGUCUCUGCCUACAAUGGCGACGCUCAGGGUCACUUUGGUGAUGCUAUUCAGUACGUCACUAAGGAUGGUUCCCUCAAGCAGAUCCAGGGCGCCAGCUCCGGUUGGGGCUGCUCGCACAACACCGGUAUCGCUUUUGAGGCUGCCGACGCUGUUCCCUUUGCUAGUCUUUGCGCUGAGGACCAGGGCGCCAUCUGGUUGAACACUGGAGACUCCGGCAUGAACAACAACGGCGUCAAGGUAUCCAACGAGAACGUUCAGAACGGUGCAAGCAACGAGGCUAUGGGCGGAAUGAGUGGGUCCUACAGCGGCCUUGCACGUUUCAUCGGCAGCGACUCGUACAUCUUCUCUUGGGUCUCUCGAGGAGCCAAGGAUUUGACGCUCAAUGACUGGAUGGGCGCUGGAUACACCCACGCUGCUAACCGUACCGUCAACCGCAACGUUGCCAUCGCCACUUUCUCGGACAAGAAGACCAUCGUUGGCAAGCAAGCUACUUCCGUGCUUGGUGGUGACGGUGACUCUCAAGUUAACUGGAUCACCACCGGUUCCGCCGAUUGCUCGAACGCCCACGUCGCCGCUUUCGAUGGCAAGAAUGCUCUUGUUACUUGGGAGGAGAUUGCCGCGCCAACCUGCGAGUUCAUUGCCAUGGGUUGCAAGGGCACAUUCACGGGCGCAUACUACCAGCUUGUCAACAACGGUGUAAAGGUUGGUGCGCCAAUCAAGAGCAUGGAUACCUAUGUUGCUGGUGAUAUGGUGACCAUGGCCGAUGGCCGCAUCUGCUGGCCUUACGUCGACAUGGCCUGGAAGCUCGAUGGACCCGUCACUGCCGCCAAUGUCAAGGCCAUCAGCUUCGCCUGCAUG